GUUUUUCGUUGGAAGAUACGUUGCACAUUUAUGGCGAUUCUGAGCGUGAGGGCAGACUUCUGCCAGGCUCAGCACAGCGUUUUCGCUGACAAGUGAGCUUGGGGUUCUAUGUGCCAUAAUUAACAUUGCCUUGAAGACUCUGGACACCGAGACUGGCCUCAGAAAUAGCUGGCUUUUUUUUUUUUUUUUUUUUUUUAAUCGCAAGCAUUUUUCUGUUAAUGACUCCAGUAAAAUUAAGCAUCAAGUAAACAAAAGUGGAAGCGACCUACACUUUUAACUUGUCUCACUAGUGCCUAAAUGUAGUAAAGGCUACUUAAGUUUGUAUGUAGUUGGAUUUUUUUGGAGUUUGAAGGUAUCCAUCUGCAGACAUUGGGGCCCAACUUGAAUUUGGAUUGGAGUGGAUUCUCAAUACUUCCGCUUAUCUUGAAAAGAGAAGCUUCAUAAGGAAUAAACACGUUGAAUAGAGAAACACUGAUCAAUAAUAGGCAUUUAGUGGUCUUUUUAAUGUUUUCUGCUGUGAAACAUUUCAAGAUUUAUUGAUUUUUUUUCCAUUUUCCUCAUCACAUUCACACACGCACGCUCACACUUUUUAUUUGCCAUAAUGAACCGUCCAGCCCCUGUGGAGAUCUCCUAUGAGAACAUGCGCUUUCUGAUAACUCAUAAUCCUACCAAUGCUACUCUCAACAAGUUCACAGAGGAACUUAAGAAGUAUGGAGUGACAACUUUGGUUCGAGUUUGUGAUGCUACAUAUGAUAAAGCUCCAGUUGAAAAAGAAGGGAUCCAUGUUCUAGAUUGGCCAUUUGAUGAUGGAGCUCCACCCCCUAAUCAGAUAGUAGAUGAUUGGCUAAACUUGUUAAAAACCAAAUUUCGUGAAGAACCAGGUUGCUGUGUUGCAGUGCAUUGUGUUGCAGGAUUGGGAAGGGCACCUGUGCUGGUUGCACUUGCUUUGAUUGAAUGUGGAAUGAAGUACGAAGAUGCAGUUCAGUUUAUAAGACAAAAAAGAAGAGGAGCAUUCAAUUCUAAACAGCUGCUUUAUUUGGAGAAAUACCGACCUAAGAUGCGACUACGCUUCAGAGAUACCAAUGGGCAUUGCUGUGUUCAGUAAGAAGAUGCAGAAACGAAGGCUGACUUGAUGGUGGUGUUUAGAGGGAACUUUCGGUACCUGGAAAUGUGAAUCUGGAAUCUUACCUGUGUCAUCAAAGUAGCAGUGGAUGCAGUACUCCUCAACCAUUCUCCUAAUGAUUGGAAAAAAGCAAACAAAAAUGAAAUCCCUCUAUAACAUGAAUAAAAUGUUAAAGAGAAAAAAAAA